AUGGUCAACCCCACCGUGUUCUUUGACAUCGCAACCUAUGGUGAGCCCUUGGACCGUGUCUCCUUCGAGCUGAUUAUUCCAGGAUUCAUGUUCCAGGGUGGUUACUUCAAUGGCACUGGAUGCAGAUCCAUCUAUGGAGAAAAAUUUGAGGAUGAGAACUUCAUCCUGAAGCAUAUAGGUCCUGGCAUCUUGUCCAUGGCAAAUGCUGGACCAAACACAAAUGGUUCCCAGUUUUUUAUCUGCACCACCAAGACUGAGUGGCUGGAUGGCAAACAUGUGGUCUUUGGGAAGGUGAAAGAAGGCAUGAACAUUGUGGAAGCCAUGGAACGUUUUGGGUCCAGGAAUGGCAAGACCAGCAAGAAGAUCACCAUUUCCGACUGCGGACAACUCUAA